AUGGAGUCAUCUAGAGGUUUCGAUCUUCAGAGAGGUGGAAAGAUCGACGCCAUGACAGAAAAUGACACCUAUAAAUAUCCAGGCAUCAUCCAAUCACUUCGAAUCAAUCAAGGAACUGGAACUAGAGCAAAUGAGGAGUACAUUGGAAGAAGCGGUUGUGGAAACACGCAGUACACCUCUCGAAAAUCGACCGCGACUUCCCCGCAUAGCCCUAAGCAAGCGGAAUCGGGCUUUCGUGAGGGCUCUGAACUCAAUGCUGGUGACCUAUUGGAACCCAGCUGGGACCUUUGGGAGACGGAAUCAAUUCUUUUUGGCGCCGCACUGGCAGUCUGCCGUUAUAUAGGCGCCAAACUCUUCACGGAUGGACGCGCUACUGCACAAAGUAGUGCUAUCCCAGCCUGGAGAAUAAGAAUUGAAGAACGUAUCGCAAAGGCUAGGGCCCUCAACGGCAGACUGAUAUGCUUCUGGUCAGGCAAUACCAGGCCAAGGAUUGUGCGCACUGUCAGGAUGGCGUUUGCUGGGACAAAUGUUAGUUUGUCCCAGCCGGAUAUAAUGCAAAAACUGACGGAGCGCAUAGACGACCUGAAGUAG